AUGAUGGCUUCCAGAAAGGUUGACGUACGUUUAGUCAAGAGAAAGAGGGAAGCAAAAACAUCAAUUGAUUCCCCGCUGGCCAGGUAUUAUUUCUGGAACUUAUAAUCUUUGGAAGCACGAUUAUCUUUGGGUUAGAGGUUCGCUAUACGUUCCCUUUCGUUCACCAGAUACAAUAGUGCUGGCCAGCUGUCUUGUGUGGUAUGUGACAUGACCAUAAAGAACGAAUUUCUGUGGACCUCACAUGUCCUUGGUAAAAAGCACAAAGAGGUAAAUUAAAAGGUGACCAUCAACUGUAGAAAGUGAUGGUGCAUAACAUUUCAUUUAAUUAUUGUCAGGUCUUAGGUUCCAUGCCCAACUUUUAACCAAUUAUUUUUUCCAUCUGGCAGAACUUGGCAGACCUUAAAGGAAAGCCUAAAGCAAAUGUAUCAGUUCGAGAGGUGCGAAAGCCAGUUAAAGUAAGUGGCAAGGUAGAUAAGCAAUCCCAAACAGAAAGGGUAUGGUUUAGCGAACCGUAUGCACAUGCACAGCAGAGGCUGGGUUGUAAUUGAAUGUGAAAUCCAGUCGCAGAUCUUUUGUAUUUAGCUGAAUAGAGGCAUCGAGAGGUGAAAGUCAGUGUCCAGGCUUAAAUCCUCAGUGUAAAGUUCUGUUGGCACUGAUUUGAGCACAUACAUAGCUCAUUGAGAAAGUAAUUGUUGACAAAGAUGAAGGGUAAGAUGUCUUUGAACACAAUUGUUGGAGGAAAGGCCAUUGGCUGUCAACUGAAUCUUGUUUUAGAAUGCAAAUGGUUAAAAAAGCUAUCUUCUUGAAAUAUACUUUCUGGAAAGGUUUAAGCAGGGUAACUUUGAUUACAGCUGUUAAUGCCAAUGUGAAAACUGAUAAUAUCUAGUCCUACCUGUAAAUGUGCAAGUUAAGCAUGAGCCAAAUAAAUAUCUGAUAUUGUGAAGUCUCACCAAUCAGGUUAUAAGUAGUGAACUUAGAACAUUUGACUGACAUCAACUAUUCACUUGAGGAAUGUUUCGUUUUGUCCAAAGUUUAAUUGUUCAAUCUGUAAUGUUUACAGAUUUUUGUAGGUGGUAAGUGCAAGUGCCAUUGUGCUAACUACAUGGUGCAUGCACAUUCCUGAGUGUUUUUGCAAAGGUGCUAACUAUAUUGCAUGUGCAAGACACUUGAUUCUGAUGAUGACUACCUCUAAGGUUGUUGAAAUGUCAGUCACCACCACUGACAACAGUCCUUCUCAGGACUACACACACCUGGUCAAUCAGACUACACUAUCACAUGUUAUCCCAGGGUUCAAACCAUUUACUCUGGUGUAGAAAUACAACAUGCCAAACAUUGGUUGACUCCAAAUUUCUCUCAGACUGGUAAAAUAUCCUUACCCUAUAACUUGGGUCUGAAGUAGAAAGUAAAAAAGUAACAUGGAAAUCACCAUGUUAAGUUCCUGGUGUCCUGGUUCUAACAAAACCAUGCACAGCUACAAGGAUUCCCAAAUCCUGUAAUCCAGACUAAAUUAUGAUUAUAUGGUGUAAUUUGAUUAAUUGCUUUUGAUAGUUGCUGACAUCCUCAAAGAGCAAUGUGUUGCAAUUUUUCCCAAUUGAUAAUUUGGUUGGUCACCAAGAAAUCAAAGGUCACUAUAACAGUACAGCUCAAAGCUCAGAUUGUCCAGAUAUCACCAAUGGGUUGCAAUGAAGGCAACAGUACAGGGUAAAGACAGUAUGCCUGGCAUGUGCCCAGACGAGAAUGUCAUAACAAACCUCUGCACAGCUUUUUUCAGCCUCCCACGCAGGUGUUUGUAGGGGAUUGCGUUUCAUUGUUUUCCAUUGUUUGUGGGAAGAAGUGAAAUGCAAUCCUCUCAAAAUGGCUGCAUUCAAAGCUUGGCUAUUUUAACUUUCAUGUAGAUCACAUAGAUCAAACCAGACUUCCCUGUUCUCAGUUCAUUUAGGUUAUUAUUUGCUGAACCCUGCCCCUCAAAAUUGUCAAUUCCUAUGUCUUGUUCAUAAAAACAAUACCACAUCUCACCCCCUAGUUACUUUAAGUUCCUGGAUCCUGGCCUUCAAAUAAAUCUGAUCCUGGAUUCCAAUGGGGACCCUCAGCUAUCAUGUUGACAAUGAUUUUUAUAUAUAAGUUAGUUGUUUCCUGUGUGUUUUAAGAAAUUACUGAAUAAUUUUGUUCUACCUUUAAUGUUUCCUUUAAUUUGUGAUUCUCUCUAAUUAAGGAAUAUUACUUUUAUGAACAAAUUAAUCAACAGGUUGAAACAAUUGAAGAAGCACCAAAAAAAAAAUUAAAAGGUCAGUUCAUUAAAAUUUUUCAUAGAAUCGCCUUUGUUAUUUUGUCAGUGUUAUUCUUUGUUAAGAAGACUUUCAUUCAUUGAUAGACUUUAAGCUUUCUUAGCAAACAAUUUUUUGUUAUCUUACAUGUAGAUCUUUCAAGUCAUCAAUCAUAUGCCUGUGUUUUGCAAAAUACAACAUAUUAACCAUGUUACCACUGAUACAGACCAUACAGUGUAACUGUUGUGCAAAGUAAUUGUUACACCACUCAUUUUAUUUAAAUUUCUUAAUUUUAUGAUGUAGGCUAUAUAUUAUUAUAACAUGUUUAUUUCAUAUUUUGAACAUCCACAGUUGAUAACAGUAGUGACACAAACAGGUAUAUCUUGAUGGCUGUAUCAUUACUAACAGUACAAUACUUUUCUGCUUAAAUGUUUUUUUUUCUCUGUGUUAAAGUGUCAUUUUAAUUAAAAAAUUCUGGGAGGUUCCAUGGCCAUUAUAUAAUCUGGCCAACAAUAAGUCAAUUUUGAAUCAAAAGAGGUGACACUGAUUAUGGCAAUAUUAGAACCAAUUUAUGAAUAUACAAACAUAUUGCUAUUGAAUGGGUCAACCUAAAUGUAAUAUACUAAAUAUAAUAAUAUCAGGAAAGGCAGUCAUAUUGUGGGGCAUAAGUGUUAAAAUUCUCAUCUUGCUCUUUGCCACAAUUUUAAGGUGCAGUUUUUAUGCAUCUGUGGAAGGCUUUUCUCUGAGAAAAUCAGCAAUUAAUUAAAAAACAUUUGAACACAACAACUUUUGAAAACUUGUUACAGACUGUAGUCUUAAUUUUUUUGCAAAACACUAACUACAUUUGACAGUAAUGCUGGUAUUAUCUCAGCUUUACAGACAGUGUAGAAGAGAUAAAAGAUGAGAUUUCCACAGAUGAACAGGCAGGUUUACCUUCGGGUAAGAAAUUGUUUCCAGCUCACUUGUAAUUGUCUUUGUGCUGAAUAAGUUUUUUUUGUAACCAGCCAGAUAAUACUUUAGGAACUUAAGUUUUCCUCAGCUGGAGCAGAAGGCUCAAUUCUGAUAGAGAACUUAACAUCACAAGUGGUAGAGUUUGGUGCUGGUUCUCAUUUUGAAUCUGUGAUGACAGAUUUGAAGAGCUGUCUUAGUGAUGCUUGAAAACAAGGUGGUCUUAGAGCUGGUUUCACUAUGCUUGCAUUUAAUAGUGUAAUGCUCUGAUGAUAUGUGGGGUUUAAGGAAUGAUUUACCUUUAUUUGCUUUCUGUUUUUAUUUCAGACUUCUUUGAUCAUGAAAUCAAGUCUGAAAUGCAACAGCAUAUUGCCAGGUAUUCAAUGAUUAUUUUAUUAAUAACAUGUAUAAUACAUCAUGUAAACCAUAAAGCUGUUUUUAAAUUUUACAUAUAGUCAUGUCAAGUCCAUUUUUCCUUAAAAAAAGGUAGCAUAGUACAGAUGUUAGUUUGGAAUUAAGUGACAAAGUAAGUAAAACAUAGCUGAAAAUUUCCAUAAAAUGUAUCAUGCUGUUUAUGUACUAACAUUAUGUAUUUUUGUCAUUUGGUAAUUAAUUUUGUCACUGAUCACCUGUCUCAUGGAAAAUUUUUUUCAUAAAAUCAUGAAAGUGGAGAUUCCACAGAGGGCAUUCCGGAAGGAUUUUUUGAUGAUCCAAAACUAGAUGCAAAGGUUUGGAAGUCAUCCAAUUCAUGUUGUGUCUAAAUUGUAAGUUUAGUUUCCCUCCUAUCUUGAAAAGCUUCAUACAUGUAAGUUUUUUUUUUACUUCUCUCUUUAUUUUAAUCUCUGAGAAUUGAGGUUGUGUGCUUACAGUACACACUAACUUUCAAGAUGAGGUCAUUUGCAGCAGAAUGCCUAUGAGUAACACACAGUCACACAGUUAGUUUAUCAGUGCGGUGCUAGUAUUUAUGAAUAAAUAUAGAUUAUUUCUGAUAAAACGUGGAAUUUACCUGUCAUUGUUUUUGUUGCAUUUAACUUUUCUUUGGGAACUUGUUGCUGUACACAAAGGUCCGAAAAGUAGAGUACAAAGAUCAGGCUGAGGAGCAAUGGGAAAAGUUCCAGAAAGAAAUGCAAGUAGAAAACCAGGUGGGGGAAAAGUUAUACAUUAAAACAAAUUGGAUUGUUUAGUGAAGCCUUUUUGUUGCUCUGCUUUCCAUGUUUAUUUUAUUCUUGUUCUACAGAGUGAUACCAUGAUAUAUUUUGUCCAUUCUGUUUGCUUGAUCUUUAUUAAGAGAUUUACAUUAUAGUUAAGAAGAAUUCAGUGUUGUUUUAAGUUUUGAUUGUAUGUUACUUUUUAUCUAAUCAAAUUAAAUAUCAUAUGUCUUACCAUACAUGAAGAGGUAACUAGUGUCUAGGUUUGAGUGGCAUUUUUGGUAGGAAAUGCUUUUUGAUGAGGUGACAUCAACAGGUCUUUUAAAAAAAGCUCAUUAAUGAUAAAUAACUUCAUAGCUUGAAAUAAUUACAAAAAUACCUAAACUAUGUAAAACUUUGGAAUACUUUAUAAACGUAGCAACUGAAACAUGUGUGAUAUUGUAAACUGUUCAAACAUGGUGUGAUAAAUACUUUGUGCUAUAGCUACAGUUAAAUAUUUUCCUAUCUUUGAAUAUGGUCCAGUGGGGACUCACAGAGGUUAUCCAUAGUCCUUGAUGCUCAGCCAUCAGAUGGGAGCUGGGAAGGUAAGCCAAGGGGACUUACAUGUAACUUAAAGGUUGUUGUUCCUUAGUAUCUUUUGGUUGUUUUUGUCAGGUUUCACAGUCCAUUGUUGAAGGAGAAGAUGAGGAGUCCAGAGUUAAUAGGGAAUUAUCAGAACUCAGUGAACAGAGGUAGUGAAUAAUUAUGAUGAUAGUAAUAAUUAUAAAUUAAAGUAAUGAUGAUGACAAUGUUGGUGGUCAUGAUAAACAUAGUGUUAUUUAUAAGAAUGGUGAUAACAAAGUGUUGAACGGUGAUGGUAUUGAAUGAUGACUGACUACGUUGAUUGGAUUUUCUCGUUCCAUAUUGAACAAGCCAUGGAACAAAUAUUUCAGAUUGCUGGUAAUUCACCACUUAAAAGUGAACUUUAUGAUAUUUGAACAUGUUGACAUUGAGCAAAAUUACAUCCAUACACAUGUAGGAAAAAUUCCUUAAAUUUAUUUCAAAACUCUUUGAACAUGUGCUUGAUAUACUGAAUGAUCACUGGUACCAGUGGAUGAUUGCAUAUGUUUACUGUUAUGGUUGCAUCAAGUUUACCAUUUUGAAUAAGAAACUUGUCUGAUCUGUGUGCAUUUGACAUGGUGUAUCAAAUAGCUGGAAACUCUAUGAUACCCUUCUACACUUACCGGUACCUUACCAUUAGUGAUAAACUAAAGAACUGAAUAUCUGGAGGCUAUGUACAUGUGGAAUUAUUAUACACAUCAAUGCCAGAAUUGGAAUAUGAUAAUUUUGAUGUGAAAUCACCUCAAGCUCUCCAGAACUUCAGUUAUUUAGGAGGCAUUUCUUGAUUUUGAUACCCAUGUAGAUGGCAAAGGUUUGAAUACUUGUCAGUUCCUUAACCUUAAGUUUAACACAGAUACAAGAACAAUUUUGAAAUUUAACAAACCCUAGGGUAUUGAUAAUGAUUGUUUUUAAGUCCCUCUAAUGAUAGCUUUACUAGGACAAAAUUAAAUUUCUUUUAAAUAACAUGUACACUGUUUGUUUUUUACCAGUUUAUUAGUGACAGUGAACCUUAUUUAUUUUUGUUGUUGCUAAGUGUUUGGGUUUUUAGUCAUAGUAGUCUUUGUUUGAAUGCUUGUCUUAAAUGAACCUUAGUCUCUUAAAGUCAAACAAUUGGUGAAACUCUUUCCAUUAUUCUUUAGUAAAGGUUUAUGGAAUACCCUGAACAUUGAUUAAAACUUUCAGUUAGCAUCAAUUGCUUAGAUGAGGUCAUGAUAAUUGGAUAUGAUGAAGUCAUGACAACUGGAUAUGACCUGAUUAUUUUUUUCAUGUUUGCUUGGCAGACCUUGUAAAUCACUAACAACAGUUGAGGGACUUACAAACUUUUCUCUUGCUCUCAUAAACAUCUACAGUGGGUUUUUAUGCCAGUAAUAAAUGGAUAGUAGUUUUUUCUGCCACUUAGAUUUUAAUUUCCUGGAAUAUAAGGGGAAAAUUAAAGGGUAAAAAUGAUUCUGCUUUUAUUUUCAUCCAUUAUGAGGUUGUAUUGUUCUUUUUACUGUUAUCAGAGUCUACUUUCUGAGAGCUGAUGCCUUGCGGGAUAAACAGAGUUCUUUAAAGGACAAAUUCUCUAAUCUGAAAAGUCUUCAGCCACAGCCACAAAGAGAAACUACCAGUGAUAGUGAUGAUAGUGACUUUGAUGAAUUUCUUGACUGGAGAGCAAAGAAAGUCUCCUGAUGAACAACUGAUUCAUUCUGCACUAGGUGUUGCAAUGUGUCUAGAAGUUUGACUCAGAACUCAGCUUUCUGCUGCACAGUCAGGCCACUUUGUUGGUAAAGUGAUUCAAGAUGUGUUGCUAAUGUCUGCAAGAGCUGUGAGGUUACAUGUAUGUGAAGGGAAGGUGAUAGUUCAUGGACAUGAAUGUACAUCGCAAAUAACACGGAAGGGAAAAAUCUGCUUAGUUGGGUGUGUUGGAUGAGAUUAGGGGAGAGCAACUGAGCAAGGCAUGGAAAAAAGAAAAACUGCCUGGAACACAGGUUCUCAAAGCUGUUUGGGAUGGUUAAUAGUAUGAUGUCUUAUUUUCAUUGAAAUAUUUAGCAAAGGACAACUUCAGGGAAAAAAAAUAAGACAAAUAGCUCCCUGCAUUGAAAAACAGCAACAAUUUUUUCAGUGAGUGGUUUUAAAAGUAGGAGUAACAUUUGACUAUGUAGUCUGUUCUUUUUUUGGGAAAAGAAGUUCUGUGAAGUGCGGUUGUUGUCAGGAGUAACUGACAUUCAACAUCUGUGCACAAGUCUUCGGUAUCAAGUGAGCAAGUUUUUUGUGAGCCAAGUGUUAUAGAUCUGCUUUGUUGAAACUGAUUGAUUGCUUGUAAGACCCAAAAAGUGCAAGUCUGUUGUGAUUGGUCAGUUUUUAUCUUUAGUAAAGCUGGGUUGUUCUGUUCUUUUCUCGUAGCGUUAUUUCCAGCCAUAUACUUAUUACUCAAUUUUGCUCUGUCAGUCCAGGCAAGAGUCAACAACUAUUAGGGAUUGACAAGAAAUGGUUGUCACUGUUGUUGAAUACCUGGAUGAUCAGACUAUAUAAUCACCCAGUUUACCUUCAUUCAAUCAUUACAACUACAAAUUAUUGUUCCUCCAAAAGUGUGACUACACUUAUUACUGCAGUGUGCCAAACCGUGGGUAAAUUGUUAGAAACAGUUGGUGCAGAUAAAGUUAUGACAGACUUCAGAAUAGAAGUUGGACUUCACAAACUUUCAAAAGAAGAGAAAUGAUAAUAUGCAUAAGUUCCAUAAAGUUUGGCUUUUGUCUCACAAAAUUUCUUGUUUCUUUGAUACCUCUCAGUUUUCUUGAUGAGCAUUAUUUUGUUUGUUUGUUAGGUUGAGAAGUACUCACAACAUUUUUAUAAUUUUGUUUCUGAAAUCAGAAGGCUGACCAUAGUUUAUUCUUUAAUCAGAUGACCUUAAUACCCAUAAUCAACAGCUUUCAAGAAAUACUUAAAAUCCAAAAACAAUCACAUCAUUCAUAUUUGGACUUGAGACAAAAAGUUGUGUCAAGAGGACUUUUGCAUAAAGAAGCCUUGAUAUAAUUCACAAUCAACUGUGGUCACAACUGACUUCUAUUUGAACCUCCUGCCAUUGUCUUUGAUGGGGUGGGUUUGUCCACUAUUCCAGUAGAGAGUGGGGGUGUAUCACAGGAGGAACGCUGUUAUAUUCCCCUUGUUAUAUUAAUGCUGUUAUAUUCCCCUUGUCGACGUUGAUGUUUUUUUUGCUUUAAACUAAUACAGCAACACGAGUAUGUAAUUCCCAGCUGGGCGACUCUUUUCUAGCCAACGUUCGGACCCUGAUCCUGUUUAUGAGAUUUUUUUCCUCAUUUUGUUUAGGAAACACGAAUGUUCUGAAUUGAUGCAUUAGAACCUAUGGAUCCAACUCUAGCAUAUUCAGAAAAAAUACAUAUAAAUUUUGACUUUGAAAUAUGGACUGGGGUUUAAAACAGGCUGCAUACUGCAGAUUGGGUUUUAGAUAAGGACUAUGGUAAAUUUGACAGACACAAACAGCAAUACAAAUUGUAAACACUAGUAGGUAGUGAAGCUUGUGCACUAAUUUAGCCAGGUUUUUUUGUAGACUCACUGAACCACUCUGAAGCCAGUGAACAAUAUUCUCUUGAAGACAUUGCUGAGUGACUGAUAACAUCAUUGGCUAAUAAGUCUGAUAAGAAUGGUCUGGAAUGAUGAGACUUUUAAUCACCGAGAGGAACUGUUAUCUUUAUUAAAGAA